GAGGAGCGUCGAACAGCAGCUCUCGGUAGCUGCGUUCAAAUUCAGCCAUACACAGCGCUCUGCUCACUUUAUCCAGCUCAUUUGAAAGAAAAAACUCAGCGUCGCCGGUUUAACGAUGCGGCUCAACGGGAAUAACCGGGGAAACGCUGAUAUCUGCUGACAGAGAAAAGAAAGCGAUCGCCUCUAAUUACAGCAUCCGGAACUGGCAGCAUCGCUUUUAUGCGCCAAGAAGAUGGUGAAUAGAGCUAACGGUGAGAAGCUGUGAGUUUUGCUGAGUCCCUAUUAAGGCAGCUUUCUUCGGUCAUGUUAUUCUUGAGUGGUGAGAGGAGAACGUGAGGAUAGUGUUGUGGAGAUAGACAGCGAGUGGAAGACAUAGAGACAGAGUGUGAAAGAGGGAGAGCUGCCUUUGCUGGCAUGUCGCACCACCAUUCGCGAGGGCACCAGGGCCGUGCCUCCAGCGUGGAGGAGAGGAGUGCCACACCCGUCCACAAGAGUUCCACCCCCACACACAAGAGUGCUUCAUCCUCCUCCUCCUCCCAGAGGGACAGCAGACAGGAGGCAGACAGCUGGGAGAUCGUUGAAGGGCUGAAGAUUGGGCAGACGAAUGUCCAGAGACCUGAUAAACAUGAAGGGUUUAUGCUGAAGAAGAGAAAAUGGCCGCUGAAGGGCUGGCACAAGCGUUUCUUUGUCCUGGACAACGGAAUCUUGAAGUACUCCAAGUCCCCCAUAGACAUUCAGAAAGGAAAGCUCCAUGGCAGUAUAGAUGUAGGUCUGUCUGUGAUGUCCAUAAAGAAGAGAGCUCGGCGCAUAGACCUUGACACAGAGGAGCACAUCUAUCAUCUCAAGGUGAAGUCUCCAGACGUGUUUGAUGCCUGGGUGUGUAAGCUGCGUCACCACCGUCUGUACAGGCAGAAUGAGAUUGUGCGUUCCCCUCGCGAUGCCAGCUUACGAGCAUUCCCUCCUCCCGCCAGCCUCGAGUCACCUCAGACAACCCCCUCUUCUGCUCACGAAACCAAGCAGCAGGUGAAGCCCAGCUCUCUGCCCUGGCAGCCGCCCCUGACCUGCACCACCAGCUUGCCACCCUCCUGCAGCAAUGGCCAGAGCAAAGUAGCAGCAUGGCUGCAGGAGUCAGAGGAGAUGGACAAGUGUGCAGAAGAGCUUGCACAUUGUCAGUCUAGUCUGAUGGAGCUGAGCCGGUUACUGCAAAGUCUGGAGAUUUUACAGAGAACACAGUCAGCACCAAGCUUCACAGACAUGCAGAGUAACUGUGUAGAGUUAUCAAAGAAAGACAAGAGAGUCAGCAGAAGAUGGAGAACAAAAAGUGUCAGCAAAGACGCAAAAAUGCAACUGCAGGUUCCUUUGAGUGCUACCCGGUCGGCAGUGCGUCUUCAUUCCUCUAACCCAAAUCUAUGCGCGGAGCUUGCUGAGUACCAGACCCCUGUUACCCGUCUAACUGAUAGCAUUGAAUGUGCCAGCGAUUACAUCAAACUGCAGGAAGAUUUUUGCAUUAUCGCUCAGAAAGUGCACUCACUGCUAAAGUCUGCCUUUAACACGGUGGCCAUAGAGAAGGAGAAGAUCAAACAGGUGCUGUCGGAGCAGGAGCACUCCAGUCAGUCAGCUCAGAUUGUGACCCUGCGGCGCUCCCUGUCACAGGCCCUGUCCCAGAACGCAGAGUUGAAGACCCGGCUGAAUCGUAUCCACUCAGAGUCCGUGCUCUCAGACCAGGUAGUCAGCGUCAACAUAAUAAGCAGUCCAGAUGAGGCAAGUGAACAGAUCCAUGUGGGGAUUCCUCUCACGCAGCAGGCCUCCAAUGAGAGCAGACUCUCCAUGUCAGAAUCUGUCUCUGAGUUCUUUGACGCUCAAGAAGUGCUGCUUUCAGCCAGCUCAUCAGAGAAUGAGGCCUCUGAUGAUGAGUCUUACGUCAGUGAUGUGAGUGAUAACAUUUCAGAGGACAACGCCAGCGUCACUGAUAACAUUUCUCGACAAAUGCCGAAUGGAGAUCUGGCCGGGGGUGCGUUCCGUAAUGGGCGACGGACAUGCUUACCUGCCCCUUCCCCUGAUACCUCCAACAUUAACCUGUGGAACAUCCUGAGGAACAAUAUUGGUAAAGACCUGUCCAAGGUGUCGAUGCCCGUGGAGCUGAACGAGCCUCUAAAUACGCUGCAGCACAUGUGUGAGGAGCUGGAGUACACAGAGCUGCUGGACAAAGCAGCGGAGACUGACGACCCUUAUGAACGCAUGGCGCUGGUAGCUGCGUUUGCUGUCUCAGCGUACUCCUCCACGUACUACCGUGCAGGCAGCAAGCCCUUUAACCCCAUACUAGGAGAGACUUACGAAUGUAUCCGGGAAGACAAAGGCUUCUGCUUCUUCUCUGAACAGGUGAGCCACCACCCCCCCGUUUCUGCCUGCCACUGUGAAUCCAAAAACUUCACUUUCUGGCAAGAUGUCAGAUGGAAGAACAAGUUCUGGGGCAAGUCUAUGGAAAUCCUCCCCAUUGGCACAGUCAAUGUGAUGUUGCCCAGUUAUGGUGACCACUACGAAUGGAAUAAAGUGACCACCUGUGUGCACAAUAUUCUGAGCGGAAGGAGGUGGAUUGAGCACUACGGCGAGAUCACUAUCAGAAAUACCAAGACCAGUACCUGCAUCUGCAAACUCACCUUCAUCAAGGGUAACUACUGGAGCUCCAAUGUGAAUGAGGUACAGGGCUUUGUGAUGGAUCAAGAGGGGAAGGUGGUUCACAGACUGUUUGGGAAAUGGCAUGAAGGUCUUUACUGUGGAGUCCCACCCUCUGCUAAAUGCAUCUGGAGACCAGGCUCCAUGCCUACCGACUAUGAGCUCUACUAUGGGUUCACCAGGUUUGCUAUUGAGCUGAAUGAGCUUUGUCCGGAGAUGAGGGAGCUGCUACCACCUACAGAUGCUCGCUUCAGACCAGACCAGAGGUAUCUGGAGGAGGGAAAGGUGGAGUUCGCUGCAGCUGAGAAACAGAGGAUUGAGGAGCUACAGCGGGCCAGGAGGAAGUGGCAUGAAGAGAACAACACAAAACACCAGCCACGCUUUUUUAAGAAAGUUAUAGACUCAAACCAGAGAGAGAGGUGGGUGUCUAAUAACAUGUACUGGGAGCUGCGCAAGGAGCCAGGCUUCCUUAAGAUGGAAAACCCUCAACUGUGGUAGCAUCCAAAUACCUGUACAAAACAUAUCACCAUUGCUACAGACUAUAGAAGCUUUACCUAUGCACAAUGCUGCUUACAGUGAAGCGCAGUGGGACGGGAUAAACAGACGACUUUGGCACGGUUCCAGGCACACACUGAAGGAAAGCAAAUGAUGAAUGAAGACAGACUCUGCACACCAUUGCACCACCCCUCCCCUGCCAGAAUUUCCCUCACCAUAGUAACAUGCAGAGACAGGGUCGUCGUCACAGCAACCGCCUGAGUUGUAGAGCUAUCCAAACGAAGCCUGUUGGGCUUUCCGUUACGUCCUUGCCUUAAGAAGCAACUGGUUAACAACCCAGUUUUAUGCUUUUAGUCAAACCCAUUUGAUUUCAAGUGCUCUGAUUUAGAACUGACCGUGUGAAUUAUCUCUCAGUUAUAAAUACAGUAUCUACACAAUAUUCUGCAUGUUUAGAAGGCAGCUUUCAUUGGCACAUGCUAUAAUGACUUGUCAAUACAUCAUUUGUAGUUUAAAAACGUAAUGGUAUUUUUGUAAAACGUCAAAGCUUAGAAGCUCUUUGCCAGUGUGGGGUCAGUGAGUAGACCCACAUGGGGGAGCAGAAACAGACCAGCCAGUCCUAUUCAUGGUUUCUGAAAAGGGGACAUCCCUUUUCAUUCAGCUCCGUCUGCUGUCUUUCAGAUAUCUCCAAGGAAUAAAAACAGGACUUGCCUCAGUGAGGUUAGUGACUUGGUUCAGUGAUUAGAAACUGUAUUUUGUCAGGUUUCAUAACAUGUUCUUAAAAAUGUAUACACCUAUAACACUCCCAAAGAUUUGGACCCUUUUCCAGAGGGCUGACAGGAUAGCAGACCAUUUGAGCAGCCCAUGAACUACCUUCCGUCCCUGCUUUGAAAAGCUGUUCUAACAAAAGAUAGGCUCCAGUUUUCUGUCCAUUCUGCUCAUCAGAAACUAUCAUGGUGUUUGUACAUUUACAUUUAUUCAUUUGGCAGACACUCUUAUCUUGAGCAGCAUAUAGUGGAUAUAAAAAGUGUACACAUCCUUAUUCAGAUUGCAAUCAACAAAAUUCUAAGUAAUUAUUACGUAAAAUUCAAAUAAACUUUUUAAAGGGGGCUGAAGCUGUGCUUACAAAUCACAUUCAAUACAGUGUCCAAAGAUUAGCACCACAGACCUGCCAUCAAUGAAAGUAAUUCUGAUAAACCCCAAGUAAAAUUCAGCUGUUCCUGACAUUUUCAUGAUUUCAUCUUUCGAUAUAGAAAUGGUCCAUGAAGACCUGAAAAAUAUGCUCAGGUCAGGAAAAUCCUCAAACAUUAAUGACAGGACAAGGAGAUAACUUGUCAGGGAGGCUAUCAAGAGACCUACAGCAACAUUAAAAAAGCUGUAGGAAUUUCUGUCAGGUAGUGGUCACUCCUCGCAUGUGACAGCAAUCCCCCAUAUUCUGCUUAUGUUUGGGCAACAGGUUACAGUUGAAAACAAACAAUUUUUCACAAAAAGAUCAUCCAAUCCCAUCUAAAGUUUGAAAAAUAUAUAUGUUAAAUCAUCUAAAACCAUCUCAUAACACAAAGAUUGAAGUUUUAUUUGAAGGACUAACUCCAAAUAUCAAGUUGUUUUGACACGAAAUCUCUGCAGAUAGAGGAAUUUCACCUUCCAAAUGAUAAUGAUCCAAAGGGAAAAUCUGUGUCUUAGAAUGGUCCAGUCAGAGCCCAGAACCUGUGAAAUGGCCUACACUGUGCUGUGCACAAGAGAUUACAUGGUAAUAUAUAGGUGUCAAAGGUUCAUAGUGACUUGUUUUACAAAGACUUGUAAAAAUAAAAAAAAAAGUCUGUUUAUUAAUUUUCCUAACAGUCACAUAUGAAUUAGUUUAUCUCUUGAAUUUUGUUGAGUGUAAUGUCACACUAAAGAUGGAAAAAUGUGAGGUAUCUGAAAUAUAUGAUAUCUUGAUUUCUGGCUUUACAUCACAAAUACCUGCCAUUUCAACAAGGCUUUUUUAUAUCCACUGUGGCUGGCACGGUGGGGCAGUGGAUAGCACUGUCGCCUCACAGCAAGAAGGACCUGGGUGACCAAAGACAUGCAGUCAGGAGAAAUGGAGAUGCUAAACUGCCCCUAUGUGUGAACGUGUGUGUGAAUGUAUGUCAGUGUGUCUGCCCUGAGAUGGACUGGCAACCUGUCCAGGGUGUUUCACCCUCCACAACCUAGGAGGAUAAGCAGCUUAGAUAAUGUGUGUGUGUGCGUGUGUGUGUCCACUGUACAUAAAGGGUUUUUUCCUAAAUUUAACUUAAGCCACAUCUACAUUUAGUGUGAUUUAUUGCUGUCUUUAAGAGAUACAACUCGUUUGCAGGUGGCAUACUUUACACACUACUCACCUGUGAAUGCAGACAUGUCCCAGGCAAGUAUUUUUAGCAUUGCUGCUUGACAAAAGCUUAAAACUCUUAUUAAUGUACUUGCAACACCUUGUGUUGUUUUAAUAUUUACUGUGUGUUUUUUACCUGAAUUAUUUAGGGGAUUCAGUUGUUUUAAGUGUUUUAGUCCUUAACAAGAGUUGUUAAUGUUGCAGCGUUAUGGAAUGUAAGUGAAGAGUAUUGGGCUGGAAGUCAAACAUGUGCAGUUUUUUUUUUUGUUUGUUUGUUUUUUUUUCUCAGUUGGUACAUGUGCCAGGUUUAGGACAUCCUUAACUCUUCCUCUUGCUGCAUGACUCCCAAACUGCUCAGAACGAACACAGCUACUGUAUUAUUACUGCACCAGAGACACCUGCUGGACAUCUCAUACAGGUCAGAACUUAUCAAAGUAGGAGACUUUUAACUUUCAAGAAUGCAGUCAUUGGUCACGAAGAACCUGUUCUUGAAUCAGGACUCUUAUUCUAAGACAAUAAAUAUAAAUAUGGGCCUAGGUGUCAGAAACCUCAAGAGUUUUUCAAAGCAUCAUCAUGAGUGUGAAAAAUGAAUUACUGCUUGUAGAUGAUGUUUUGGGCAAUGUUUGGAAUUCUUUUUCUGAUUCUAACCAAAGAGGGUUUUUAUUAAUGUAAAAAUGCCCAGUGUUUAUUUUGCUGAAUGAAUGUUUCCAUUUUUCUUUUACCCAGAAGAUCUAUGCCCACAACCUCUUAACCAAAAUGGUUUGCUCCUUAGCGCUGUUUGCUUUUACCACAAAAUAUUAUUCCAGUUUUAGACACAUUGUUCACAAAAUGUACUUCUUUUUACUGCAUAUGAGGACACGUUGCAUCAGUCAUGGUGUAAUUCAUUGGAGCCGAUUCCACUCAUUGUAAUGUUGACUGUGCUGGAUUUACUUGCUAUACUUUCAUUUCAUCUCAAACAGUUCACAGGAGACAAAGUCAGGUGUUUAUUUUAGAUAGUUUAUGUAGAUUAUAUGGCACAAAAUGCUCUCUUAUAGAAUGUCAUGUCAGUAGGUUACUGAAAUACUGAUGGUAGAAAAAAAAUGUGUGGUUAAUGUAGUCAGUUACAUAUCUCUGAACAGAACUUUAACGAAAUCAUAUCUCGUUGUAUCAGUCCCACUUGCUGUGCCUUAACGCAUCUGUAAUCACAUUAACUCACUGUACCGCACAAGGAUCAUAAUGUCUCUCAACUGGACACAUCCUAUGUACUGCACACCAAUGCACUUUCCCACAGUAGCUCUGCUGUGCAUAGCAGCAGCCGAACGCUUUCCAACAUUGGAUGAACUUUUCGUCCAUAAUCUGUAACCUGAGAAAAAUAAGCAUGUACGUAGAGACUUUAAAUCAAAGCAGUCACCUUACUAAAAAAGGAGUCCUGGUACAACUGUUUGUAUUAGGUAUUUUAGAAUUAAAAGUACAUUACCUUGAACAGAGGCAAGAACAGCACAUCAGAAAGGUUGCAUUGCUUUCCAGCUCAGAAGCGGAGACUACAUAGAACUCUUGACUAGCUCAUCUGUUGUCAUGUUUUUCUAACUGCAUGUGUACAUGACAUAGCCUGCCAAUGAACGUUGCUGAUGCCUUAUAAAGAUGUUUCAUUUAA